AAAUCCCAAGUUGCUUAAAUAAUAAGCCAAUCACAACCCCAAUUGGAAGCCAUAAAUCUUGUUAUCUAGGGUUUAAAUCACUAUAAAUAUGGGACACCUGAGCUCUUUAGCGGUACCUACCAAACAAAAACCAUGAAAUAUGAUGAAAUAUCCCACUUUGGCCACCCCAAACACAAGCUCAAAUUUGAAUACACAGAGAACCCAUUCAAGUGUGAUGGGUGCAAGGAAGUAGGGAUAGGGUCACGGUACAAGUGCAGCACAUGUGACUAUGAUCUCCACAUGCACUGUGCCCUGCCUGAACCCUCUAUCACUCACCGCUUCUACACCAAAUGCUCGUUCCAGUUCCUUCCCCGCCCACCCGGCAACAGCCCACGCUACUGCAACGCCUGUGAGAAGGACAUCACCGGUUUCGUUUACCACUGCAACUCGUGUGGGUUUGAUCUCCACCCGUGCUGUGCGAAGCUGCCAAUGGUGCUGGAUGAUGGAGAGGUGAAGCUGUACUUGUAUAGGAAGGUUAGUGCUCCGUGUCACCGGUGUGGAAGGAAGGGGAGGAGCUGGAGCUACCGAUCCACCUGCAAGAAGUACAAUUUGCAUGUGGCAUGUGUGAAGGAGAUGCUGGCGGAGAGUUGGCACUGGCAGGGGAAGAACAGGAAGCUGGAGACUAGAAUCCCUAGCCUGAAAAAUACGCUCCAGACCCAUCAUGGUAAAAGCAAGGGGAAGGUGCAGAAGUGUUGUGAGAUGGCUGGCUUGGCUGUCCAGUUUGUUAUAUCAGCUGUUCUUGGAGAUCCUACUACUCUUAUCGCUGGGGUUGUCGGGUCAUUGAUGAAAUCCUAAUGUGUAUUAAGCUUAAAACUUGGAUGUCACAGUUUGGAAAAAAAUGUAGUCUAGUAAAUGCCAAGUACUGUGUUAUAUAAACGUCUAUGUGCCUAUAAUGUGACAAGUUCUGUAACUCAAUGUCUUAUUAAUAUCCCCUUGUACUUCUAAAA